AUGGAGAACUAUGGCUGGAGAUUUCGGCAAUUACUUUUGCAUCAUCGUGGUCAUUAUGCAUAUGAUUGUGAAAUUCGUUUAAGACGUCAACGUCGUAUGAGAGAAAAAUAUGUAUUUAGAAGUCGUAGUCGUUCCGAAAGUAGUCGAUCAGGUAGUGGUCAUGCCCAUUCGAAAAGUCGUUCACGAUCAUAUUCACGUUCACGAUCGAAUAGUUCAUCUCAAUCAGAAGAACGACGAUCACGUUCAAAAACACGAUCUCGAUCGCGUAAUAGUCGAUAA